AUGCUGUUCGGCGUCGCCAUGAUGGCCGAGUUUUGGUUGGAGAGCCUGCCGCACCAGCUGGUUUCCCCCGGCAGCUUCGCGGAAUGGUUGACAAAGGUUUCGCGCAAGCACAACAUAUUCUUGGUUGUCGGCUUGCUCAACGCGGGGAUUAUAUCGACCCUUGGCGUCGGGACGCUGUUCAUGACGUUCUGGCCUCCGCUUCUGGUGGAUCUUGCAGUGGCGUCCGGGUCCGCCAUAACGUGCAUAGUUAUCAUCUUCGUGGCUGUUCGGAUCACGAGCUUCAUCAACUGCGCUAUGUCGGAGCAUGCAGCUAGCUCGAACGAGUUCUACAUCGAGGCAAAGAAGAAUCUCUGGAAACAGGCCCUUGCACUUUGCAGCAUCGGUUGCGCCGUGAGUGUUGCUAUUGCUGUCAGGCACCUUACCCAAUUCGGGCGAAGCACUCCUAUCAUCGUAUGGACUGCUCAGACGCUAUGUGGCCAUGCGGCUGCGCUCAUAUUCACUAGCUUGACACAGUUCCAAGCGGCACCAUCGAUGUCGAGAGCCUCCAGCACCCGUCCGAGCCUGAUCGCCACCAUGACAUCAAGCAGCGAAUACUCGGCGACGAAGAUCUCAAGGUUUCCAAGAAAAGCGCGAGCGUGA